UUUCGAGAAAGUGUCGCUGGGGAAAAUUUUGAUUUUUCUCGAGAAAAACCUAACCUCCGCAAUGACUCAUUGCCCUUCUCAUCCUUGUUUGUGACGCCGUCUCUCUGCAACUCCUCAACGACCGAUGCAGUCGAGAUCGGCAAUCUGACGGCCAGCGAUUACGCCCAAGCCAAAGAUCCGAUUCUCUUCUCUCUUUUGCCACAGGUAUACAUAUCCCUCUCUAUCUCUUUAAUGGAAGUGUAAACGAACGUCGAUGUGAAUUAUAUGCUGCACCGCUCGGUUUGACUGCUAAGAAAAUGCAGAAAAAGGAAGGAAUCGGAAUUUUGAAUGUAAAGAGGUUUUCAUUAUUUUUGGAACCCUAGAAAUGAAGAGACUCCUCUCAACUGAGCAUGCAUACAGCUAUCCAGUUGAACUGCUAUGAGUUUUGCAAUUUUUUCGUCGGGAAAACAAAAAUACAGAAAAACGCACAGAAAAGGGAGAUGAAGCAUAAAGGAAGGAACGUCGUAUGGUCCAUGGCAAUGGACAAGUGUUUAAUUGAGGCCCUUGUCAUUCAGGCUAAAAAUGGGAACAAAAUCGACAAGUGCUUUAAUGAAAAUGCAUACACUGCUGCUUGCAUUGCUGUCAACUCUCGUUUCAACUUGAAUUUAAAUAAUCAGAAAGUUGUUAAUCGUCUUAAGACGAUCAAGAAAAGGUACAAGAUAAUGAGAGAUAUGCUAACUCAAAAUGGCUUCACGUGGAACCCAAAUACCAAGAUGAUUGAGUGUGACAAUGAUGAUCUUUGGAAGAGAUACAUUGCGGCCCACCCUGAUGCAAGGGGAUUUCGGGGAAAGCAAAUUGAUAUGUAUGAUGAGCUAAAAAUUGUCUGUGGAAAUUAUCAAGCCCCUAGUCGGUGGGCGAGGAUGACAGAUGGAAGCCAGCCAACUGCAAUUAAGAAUUGCGAAGAUGAUUCCGCUUCAUACCUUUCACCAAGUUCAGAAGACCUAAGUGAGACAGACGGGACAGAAUCAUAUACUGGACAGCAAGAGUAUGCACAGAUGCCUGAUGGUAGUGGAGAUCCUCCUUUAAUACAGCCUUUGUCCCAAAUUCCAAAACGGGCCCGUGGCUCAGAGGCAAUUCAGGAUGCAAUGCUGGCAGUGGCAACAAGCAUCCGACGAUUAGCGGAUGCUCUAGAGCGGAGAAAAAACUCAGUUGAUUCGUCUGAACUUUUACAAGCUGUGAUGGAAAUCGAUGGCUUGGAAGAGGCUAGGCAGAUGUAUGCCUUUGAGUAUCUGAAUGCUGACCCCAUCAAAGCCAGAGCCUUCAUGACAUACAAUGUUCGGAUGAGGAAGAUAUUUUUGUUCAGGCAGUUCUGGUGGUGGAAGUAGCGAUUGAUCCCAAGCUGGGGACUUUUUGGAUAUAGAGUUUAGAAUACUAUGGAAAAACUUGUUUGGUUAAUGUUUACUCAUUAUUGUCUUACAAUUUUAUAUGGUUGAUGUUUGGAGAUGAAUGUAUAUAUCAUCAAAUGGUUGCAGGUAA